UAUUCUAUGCUAUGCACCGAUCGCUUUCAAGCUUCUCUCUGACAUGACCAACGAUAGCCGCCGUAGGGGCACGGGGCCAUAAGUGCAAAGAAGAAGAAGAAGAUAGCCGCCGUUUUGACAACACACGCAGAGUUGCCAACAUCGAGUAAUUAAUAUGUGUAUCGAAUCGUCAGAAAAACGAAAAACAACUCUCUUCCAAAGUAUAUUUUUUGUUACUUGAAUUUAAAUGUCACAUGCAGAUUUUUCUGUAUAUUUUUCGAUGUAAUCAAACUCUCAAAACAGAAAUUGAUUCUUAAAAACGUAAUUCUCAAGAUGUUGCCAUCCUGAAGCGUCACAGUUGCGUUUACAAACAUUUACAAAUUUGAUAUACUGAGAGAAGUGAAUAAAUUGCGUUUACACAUAUAUAUAUGUAGUAAGUAACACACGUUAUAUGUAAUUUUUCAUCAAUUGUUAUUAAAGUCAAAAGAGGCAAUGUCAUAAAAAGAAAUGCUACUUGCAGAAAAUUAUGUGAUGACAAAUCCAAUGCUGUUUUAUAUGUACUGAUUUUACAUUUGUGUCUCAGUCAAAUAUGAUAUCUUCUGGAAAAUUGACAUUAGCAUCCAAAGUCUUCGGAGAUCAAUGCAUGGAAAUGACAUGUAGAAAGCCAGUGAAAGAUUGUUAUUGUUAUUCCGAGAUGAAAAAAAUGUGCCAAAGAUUAUCGAAACUCCCACAGAAAUGCGCAUCGUCUUGCCAUUGCACAAGUCAAUCCGAGUCUACUUCUUUUGUCAAAGAAACUGACGAAAUGUUAGUUCCACCGAUUAGCUGCGAAACAUUCAGACAAAUUCAAAGAAUUAACUACAUACCCAAAUCCCAAUUUCUUCUUAGAGUACAGAAUAAGAUUUGUGAGUUACAGUCAGGAAGUCAAAGAAAUUGUCUGCGAAUGUGUCCACGAUCGUUUAGUUAUCACAGAUUUAUGGCAAAUGGAAGAAGAAUGCAAGACAUUUGGNAUGGGAAGACAGCAAUGCCAAAUGAGCGCAAGCAUGUCGAUGCGAAGCAAAAAUCGCGAAUAUCACCGAAAACGCCUGCAAAUUCAUUAGUGAGCGAAUCCGAUCAUGACAAUACUGUUUGCGCUUCGAGCGUGAGAACUUCACAAGUAUCUUCGCAGAACCUGGUAAAAUCAACAUUACGGAAAACUAUUAAAUCCAGAAGACAAGUAUCGGAAUUGAGCAAAAGUUUGUUGUCAAAGUCAUCUAUUCGAAAAAACAACCGUAAACAAGACUGUUUAUGUGCAAAGAUGAUCCGCAAUCAAGGUGAUGUGGAACAUAUUGCAAAAAGAGUUGAAGAUCAAUUACACACCAUUGAUGUUCCGGAACGUUUUAAGGAAAAUUAUCGAUGUUUAAAGUGCGACGAUAAAUUCGUGGAUCGGAAGGUGCAGGAUCUGCGAAGAUUUCGAGAGCAAUAUUAUUUCGAGACACACGGCUCGAGUCACACUUUGGCAUCAUCUAGAUCGUCUGGAUCAUUGGAACAGUAUUUUCUCAAUGAUCGAUUGUUCCCGGAACCAGUAGGUAAGAUUCANAGACGUGACUUGGUCGUGACGAUGCCGCCAUGUGUAACAACACAGAAGAAACGUAUCCAUUACUUUCCCAGACACGUGAUACGACAGGAGAAGGACAUUUACAAUUCACAUUAUAGACUUAAACAGUGCCAAACAAAUUGUCCUCUCACCGGCCACGCCAUUGAUCUUGGAGCUGUGAAAAUCAAAUUGCCGGUAGAUAGUUUGGCUUUGAAAUAUCAAAAAAAAAACUUGAUACGAUAAAAUUUUGACAUUUUUGUCAUGUGUAUGUACAUGCGUAUUUGUUUCGAUACUUACUAUUUUCUCUUUUUUGUCUCUGGAGUGUAUCUACAUAUCUGUGUGGGAAGGAAUGUGUGUGUGUAAGUUACAAUUGUACCUUGAAAAAGUUUAUUUUGUAAAGGAAGUA